GUCUGCCCCCCGCCCUCCCUCUGCUUGUCAGGAAGCAAGCUGAUUGGCCGAGGCCUAGCAAAGGGUGCCCGGGGAUCCAAAACUGCAGGCCGCACUUAGCUUACCGUCAAAAAUAAACCAAAACAAUAACAGACAUAACUGAGAAGGGGGAGACACACCGAUAGAGUCGGAAGACGACGUUAUCAGGUAAAAUUAUUUUGAAUCGGUUAAUGAGGUAUGUGGAAUAAGACGCAAGGGCCCAGUCGGCCGUAGCGGGCCUCUUUCAGCCUCCGCGAAAAACAACAUGGAAGAUAACGCGGCAUAAGCCGCAUCACCUAGCUUAGCAGGCUAGCUAGCCAGAGGGACGGCCGUUGUCGCGGAAAUUUUAGCGACAUGUUCAAGUGUGAUCUAUCAAAGCACACUGGUGGGUUGUGUAUGUUGACACCCGUGUUUGUGUUAUUGAAAAGACAGAAGUUGACGCUUGUACGGUCAACUAACGUCAGUUGUCGCAUUCCAUGAAUUAGCCUUUAUGCUAAAACAAAAUGGCGCUCAGAGGAACAGCCCUAGCUCGCUUGCUAGUUAGCCCCAGUGGGUGGAGGGCGGUAGCCGCCCUAGUAUGCAUUGCAUAAUGUCUGCGGUACUUUCAUUGGUGGUGGCCACAAACUCUGAGCAUGUGUAGUUUUGCGUGUAGAGUCCGGAGUUCAAGACCUCUUUUACUACGAUAACAGUGCCAGCCAUGUGAUUAGUUCAUGUCAAAACGGCAUGACUGUGGGUACCAGGGGCGCAUAACGCCACCAUAGACCGCUGCAGACAUGUUUUGAAUUAUUCAGAAACGUCAUGUGACGGCAAUAAAAAGCUAGACAAAUUUUUGGGGAGCCCUCAGAGUAGCUGUUGGUAAACCAUUCCCCCUGUAUACAGUGCGGGACAGCCCUUUGUUUCUGCUGGGCUCCAGCCAUCAGCAUCGACCAGCUUCAGGUGCAAAGCUCCAUGUCGUCAGGUUGAAGCCGCAUGUAGUACUCUUUUUAGACAAUUGAUGGAGCCAGUGGUCAAGAAAACGAUCACAGGACUCUAUUGGAUGAGAUUCUGAACACUUGAACACAUUUUGGUUUAAAGACCUUUAAAAUAUUUAUACAAGACCAAGUAACUCAUCUCCUACUGUGUUAGUUGUUUCAGCAGUUUGUUUUUGUCUUUCUCAGGGGGAUUGCAAACAUUGAUGGAAGGAAGCGCAUCAGAUCUCUUUUUGGUUUUAUUUUAAGGGUUUGACAUCAAAUGUGAAGGUAUGUAUAAACAACAAGCCAAUGUGCUUCCACUUUCAUUUUAAUCCUCCAUUCAAACAAAGUGACAGAAAACAGCUAACACAGCCUACAUUUUUAGCCUCUUUUUUUCCUGAGUGAAGAAAUGGAUCAAGGAGGAGGGGUGUUGGAGCUUCACACUCAGGAGCUGAAGAUGCCCCAUGCUAUGAUCAUGCAAGACUUUGGUAUGUGGUCUUAUAAGAAGUGGUGCAAACGUUAUGCUGUUACCAGUAUUGAAGUCUAUUAAGCGGUGUAUAAUUCAAGACAGAGUUCUCCAUAUUUAAAAUGUGUAAACUGAUGUUUUGCACUCUUGUAAAUAGUAAAAAAUCAAGUUAAUAAUCCAUGUGUUUAGAUUCUGCACAUAGACAAAUAGCAAUGACAUGAAACAGAUAAAAUGGUGAUAAACCCUGAAAUCCAUGGCGAGAUCCAAUGAAAUCUGAAGUAAUGUUUGAUUUAAAAUUUCACUGUGCAGUUUGAACUCCUUGUCACUCUUCUGUCUUUGUGUCUUGUGUUUACAGUGGCCGGCAUGGGGGGUCUCGCUCACAUUGAUGGGGAGCACAUUGUGGUGUCUGUACCCGAGGGUAUGCUUCUUUCUGAUGUGAUGACGGACGAGGGCAUCCUUCUUGAACAUGGCCUUGAGGUGGAAGGCCUAGAGACUCAGGUUGUUCAUGGCCUGGAAACGGAGGUAGUGGAAGGACUUGAGACAGAGGUGGUGGAAAGCUUACAUGCAGAUGUUGAGGGCUUGGAGGCAGAGGUGGUUGAGGGGCUACAAACACAGGUAGUAGAGCUGGAGGCUCAGGUUGUUGAGGGCCUUGAAGGUGAAGUAGAAGUAGAGGGUCUGGAAGCCCAGGUGGUGGAAGGCCUGGAAACUGAGGUAGAUGUUGAGGACCUGGAGGCUCAUGUUGUUGAGGGCCUUGAAGAGGAGGUGGAAGUGGAGGGCUUAGAAGCCGAGGUUGUCGAAGGCCUGGAGGUAGACGUGGAAAGUCUGCAAUCUCAAGGAGUGGAGGCCCAUGAAAUGACCAGCGAAGACAUGGUGUCCUCUGAACACAGUGUGAUCAUGCCUGAGAAUAUCCUAGGCACGGAAGUUGCAAUAGAGGAAGCCCUUGACCCCCAUCAUCAUCACCAUGUCCUCACAUCAGACCUCAUUCAGGACUCAAACGACCACCAUGAUGACAUGCCAGACCAGGUGUUUGUGGCAGAGCUGCUGUCUGAGCACCAAGACAACACUCUGGACCACCAGCUCGUAUCAGAGGGUCUGAUGGUAACAGAGGCCAACACUGAGACCAUAAUCCACGAGCAGCUGCCAACAGAGGGUGUUCCUUUGCAGACGGAUGAGGAUGAUGAUGCAAGAAGCAGCUCAGAGGAUUACCUCAUGAUCUCCUGUAAGACAGCUUGACGUAUGAAAUCAUAGCACUCUGAUUUUAUUUUUGUUAUGUCCAUGUUUUAUUAAAACUAAAAGUUUGAUAAUCAAGACUUAUUGUGUUACUGUAGUGGAUGAAGUGGGAGAGAAGCUGGACAUUGGAGACACACCCCUUGAAAUCAGCACUGAGGUAAUGGAAGACAAGGAGUCUAAGGAGGAGGAUGGCUCUGAGGUUAUCAAAGUCUACAUUUUCAAAGCUGAAGCAGACGAUGAUCUAGGCAAGUGACAAAGAGUAACUAAUUCAAUUAUAAGAGAACAUUAACUGAACAUCAUUUCCUUGUAAAUUCAAUUAAGAUCAGAAAUUUGAUCAACUGGUUCAUUUACUUUCUUUCCCAGGUGGAACAGAGGUGAUAGCAGAGGAUGAUUACCAGAAUGGCCAUCCUGACCUGGAGGCUGCAUCAUCGGGCCGACUUGGAGUUGGCCGUGACAAGAUGGUCUACAUGGCAGUCAAGAACCAACCAAAAGAAGAAGAGGAUGAUGAGGAUGAUAGUGACGAUGAUGACGACGAUGACAUCAGUAUGUUCCUCUGUGUAUUUAACUUAAGUCUAUCUUGUCCAAUCAGUUGUGUAGUUAUUGAGAAGAAGGCGUCAGACUUGCUAGAUCAGUAAGAGGCAGCUGCUGGCACAGUUUUUAUUUCACGUUUUCUACAGCUUUGAUUCGUAAAAUGUUUUAAAUAUUUCUGCCCUAUAAAGCAAAAUAUUUGAUAAAUAAUCCAUAUUUAUUAAUAAUAACAUGUAAUAAUUUUAAUUACAUGUGCAGGUAACACCAUUGAUCAGGUGAAGAACGGAGGAUCUACACCAUUUUUGCAAAUUCGAGAAGGGCUCGGUGCUAACCGUGCAAUCAAACCAAAACCGAAGAAGAAGAAAAAAGGAGACACCAGGCAGUGCCAGACAGGUAUGAACAGCUGCAUUUCAGUUGUGUCUGAACAACACAUAUACAACAUUUACUUUGUUUAUUAUUUAUGGUGAAGUUUAAUACAUUUUAUGUAUCAUGUCAUCCAGCUGUUAUCAUAGGACCAGAUGGGAUGCCCUUGACCGUCUACCCCUGCCACAUAUGUGGAAAAAAGUUCCGCUCACGAGGCUUCCUUAAAUGCCACAUGAAGAAUCACCCUGAUCACCUACUCAAGAAGAAGUACCAGUGUACAGAUUGCGACUUCACCACCAACAAGAAGGUUAGUUUCCACAAUCACCUGGAGAGCCAUAAGCUGCUGAGCCAUAACAGUGAGCGCUCUCCAGAGUACACAGAGUACACACGGCGCUAUCAUGAGUCCAGCCCUCUGGGCUCGGACAAACUCAUCGUCAAAGACCGGGAGCCCAAACUGCAUCACUGCAAGUACUGCGAUUAUGAGACAGCUGAGCAGGGUCUGCUCAAUCGUCACCUGCUGGCUGUGCACAGUAAGAACUUUGCUCAUGUGUGUGUUGAGUGUGCCAAAGGCUUCCGCCAUCCAUCAGAGCUGAAGAAACACAUGCGGACCCACACAGGAGAGAAGCCCUACCACUGCCCACACUGUGACUUCCGCUGUGCAGACCAGUCCAACCUAAAGACUCACAUCAAGAGCAAGCAUGGUGCAGAUCUGCCUUUUAAGUGCAGCCACUGUCCUCAAGCUUAUGCAGACGCACGGGAACUCCAGCGCCACAUAGAGAUGGUGCAAGGCCACAAGACCCACCAGUGCCCACACUGUGAGCACAAGAGUACCAACUCCAGUGACCUGAAACGACACAUUAUCUCAGUACAUACCAAGGACUUCCCCCAUCAGUGUGAUGUGUGUGAGAAAGGCUUUCACAGGCCCUCAGAGUUGAAGAAACACGCAGAGACACACAAGGGCAACAAGGUGCACCAGUGCCGGCAUUGUAACUUCAACGCCCCUGACACCUUCACCUUGAGUCGUCACAUCCUGUCCUUACACACGAAGGACCUCCCUUUUAAGUGCAAGCGCUGCCGGCGAGGUUUCCGGCAGCCUGCUGAGCUGAAGAAGCACAUGAAGACGCACAGUGGUAGAAAGGUUUAUCAGUGCCAGUAUUGUGAGUAUAACAGUACGGACGCUUCUGGCUUCAAACGCCAUGUCAUCUCCAUUCACACCAAGGACUAUCCCCACCGCUGUGACUACUGCACCAAGGGCUUUAGAAGGCCUUCAGAGAAAAGCCAGCACAUAGCCAGGCAUCACAAAGACAUGUUGAUGUAAUGUCAUCACAAACACACACUCUUUUCUCCCAAGUAAAUCUGUGUCACACACCCACAGGUGAUUUUAGUGUAUCAACAAGGAAAUGGCAGAAUUUGGCAGUUGAUGAAAACGCCGCUCUGUGUUCUGUGUUAUGAUGAGCGUUUCUUCCCUCCAGGAGUAAUGCAAGAACACAUUUUAGAUGGGGUUGAGAUCUGGAAAUAGACUGUGUACACUGAGUGGGACAUCUGUAAAUUGUGUUUUGUUUUGUUGCAGAAAAUCACAUAUGAACAUAUAUUCAGGGUCUCAAAUGUCUAUAUUUUUAUACCCACUCAGCUGAAAUGCUGCGAGAUGAUGACUGUGUCCUAUAAAACAGAAAGCGUUGCUUUGUGAGCUUCAUGCCAGAUCUUCAGAUUAUGUCAAAUGAGUACAGGAGAAUUUUGCCUCCAAAGUACCAACUAGUAUCUCUUUUCAUUAUUAACCAGCUUUUACCCUGGUAUUUGUUUUCAUACCCAUCUGUUCUUCAAAGGGCAGGGCCAUGUCUCAGUUUAUCGAUGGUUUUGAGUGAUUUGACACACAAUAUGCACCUUAAAAAGAUAUUACAAUAAAUGAAACAUUUGGACUUUGAUCAUUUUGGAUUUUCCUCCCAAAUAUGAACACUUGGAAUAUCAAUAAAUCAAUCAUGUAUGACAAAGGCUAUAUUCCCUUAAAUAUGUCUUAAGAGUUGAGUCAGCAGUGUAAACAUGGGGAGUAAAUGGUAAUGUUAUAUUGGUAGAAUUACCCCUUAGUGUACACAACACAUAUAUGUGGCACAGGGAUCUGGUGCGAUAAUGGAACGGGUGUAUUAUUCUAUCAACAGAUGGUUGGCUUCACGUUUGAUAACCCCUGAAGUUGUGAUACCUGACUGCCAGUGUAAAUUGUGUACGUGUGAUGUUACACAGAUGUGAUCUGUAAGCUAACCAUUUGAUUGCAGUCAUGCCUUACAUCUGUCGCUCUUUAUCCCUUAAGCACUGAUGAACACAACUAAUGAGAAAAUAAGUGGUUUUUAACUCUCAAACAUACUGCAUCAAUACUGUUCUCCCAGAGAUUGUGUGUUUGAGUCAGUAGGAAGCACUUUAUUAACUUUUUUUCUUUUGUAUUUUAAUUAAAUGUGUGCAUACACACCCACACACACAUACACACACAUAUAUAUAUGACAAAAAAAAUCCUAGAUGAUGAACAAUUACAGGGCUUUGUGAGUUGGUAAAGGUGAACAUUGUUGAGUGUUAUAUCGCUAGCAAAUGGGGCGAUCCGUCACUGUAUCAGAACUGAAUUGUGAUUGAAAGUGGUGGGUGAAACCAUUUAUUGUUUUGUUCUAUGGAUAAGUGAUUGGGUUUUGUGUUUUGUUUGUGCUCACUAACAAGUUUCCCCAGACCCUCGUCCUGCAGUCCUGAAUAACCUGACCCAUUAUUCCCUUCAAGUCAGUGGUCAUCAUAUUGGCAUUAGUCUUUAAAGUAUGCACAUAUGCUGUCUCCAUGAAAUUAAUUGUGGUAUAUAUUAAAAAAAAAUCCCUGCAUUUCGUGUACCUUAGUCUAUAUUUUCUUUCAGUCUGAUUGUGGAUAAACUACUGGUGGGGAAGAACCAAAAUAAACAAUUAUCUUUUUA